AUGGUAGCUCUACAAAAAUUCAAUGCUGGUACUGUUGUAGAGUGGAGGCUUCUACCCGGUAAUAUUUUUAACUUUGUGUUUUGGACAUUCAAACCAUGUAUUGAUGGUUUUUCUCACUGCCGGCCAGUCAUAUCCAUAGAUGACACACAUGUAUAUGGUGUAUACGACAUCAAGCUACUGAUUGCGGUAGGAAUGGAUGUCAAUGUGUCGAUAUUCCCUCUUGUUUUCGCAAUUGCCGCUAACAAGAGCAACGAGACAUGGGGGAUGUUUUUGACACAUUUAAGGUCGUAUAUUAUUAAGGAUCAUAUGGGCAUAUGCGUGCUAUCUGAUCGACAUCACGACAUAUUUACACAGUGGCUACAAUGGAGCAUCAACAAAAAAAUGGCUUGUAAGGAUGGAGACGAUCAAGGCAGUGAGUCAAAAGCAUAUACUUGGUUGAAGAAAAUCAAAGUUGAAAAAUGGACAUUAUAUGCUGAUGAAGGCUGGAGAUGGGGGACUCUUACAACAAACAGCUCGGAGUCAUUCAAUGAUUUGCUAAAAUCUGCUCGGGGACUACCCGUUACUGCAAUGGUGAGAAUUACUUUUAUGCAAGUUGUGGAGUGGUUUGUGACAAGAACAAAGCAUGUCAAAGCCAUAUUAGCAGAGGGUGAGAGAUGGAUGCCAAAAUCGAAAAAACUGAUGGAGCAUCACAGGGAAAAAUGUGAACUGCUCAAAAUGACCGAGUAUAACUUAGCUGAACGUGUGUUUGAAGUCAGGACAGGUUAUUACGAAGAUAGGGGAGGAAACUUACAUACCGUUUAUGAGGGCACGAGAACGUGUAGCUGUGGUAAGUGGCAAGCAUACCACAUGCCGUGUUCUCAUGCCGUCAAGUGUUUCGAGUCAAUAGGAAAAACGGUAUCAAGUUAUGUGGCAUCGGAAUACAACGUUAAAAGUUACUUUAAAGCGUAUGCCAGCCACUUCUACCCACUUGGUGAUCAAGCUUAUUGGCCAAAUGAACCAUUUUCAAUGGCUGCUAACAAGGAGUAUGAUGCAAUCCUAGUUGCCCCAAGGUCACCUAUGUGGAAUCAAGGCGAGGAGCUCCAAGGAUCACAAGGAGUAUACAUGAAGAUGAGCACUCGUGAGCAUGCCUUGGCACCAUUUCGGAGAUCCUAA